CAACUCCCAGGACCCUGCAUCUCUACUAGAAGAACACGAGAUCUCUCGGAUCGACACCCUCUUUCACACGAAUCCAAGAUGGCGCAAUCGGGGUACUCGAAUCCGCUGAAGAAGUUCAAGCUGGUCUUCUUGGGCGAGCAGAGCGUGGGCAAGACAUCGCUCAUCACACGCUUCAUGUACGACUCCUUCGACAACACCUACCAAGCAACAAUCGGCAUCGACUUCCUCUCCAAGACAAUGUACCUCGAGGACCGCACCGUGCGCCUCCAGCUCUGGGAUACGGCUGGCCAGGAGCGCUUCCGCUCUUUGAUCCCCUCGUACAUCCGCGACUCGUCUGUCGCCGUUGUCGUCUACGAUAUCACAAACAAGAAGACGUUUGAGAACACACGCAAAUGGGUUGACGACGUGCGGGGCGAGCGCGGCAACGACGUCAUUAUCGUGCUGGUGGGCAACAAGACCGACUUGAACGAUAAGAGGGAGGUCACGACGGCACAGGGAGAGGAGGAGGCGAAGAAGAACAACCUCAUGUUCAUUGAGACGAGCGCGAAGGUCGGGCAUAACGUCAAGGCGCUGUUCAAGAGGAUUGCACAGGCGUUGCCGGGGAUGGAGGGCGAGGGACAGCAGGGGCAGAGCCAGAUGAUCGACGUAAACAUAAACCCCAGCCAGCCGCAAGAGCAGAACUCGUGCGCGUGCUGAGUUGUUGUCGGGAGGCUCCGCGUUGGAUUGCUUAGAGCGUG